AUGUCUCUUUACGGCGGCGCCGCCGCAGAGUCGAAGAAUCCGAUCUCGCUGUUUGGAUUUCGUAACGAGCAGAAGCACCUUCCCAUGGAUCGACCCGCCGGCAGAUCCCUCUUAUACUCUCGUGAACUAACAGAGCCAAACACGGAGCUUGUCGUUGAUCGAUCUGGGAAAGUCUCCUUAAUAAUGCAGUCAACAGAGAAACCAAUCUGGUCUUUCUCAACAGGAUCACCAAUCCAUUCCUCAUACCAAGCUCCUCCAAGUGCUGUGAACAACACAGAAAACUCUACCGAGACAAGUUCUGCUUUCAUAGUUGAAUACAUGGACAAGUCAGAAGCCAAAACAACUGAUAAUCGCUAUACAAGAUGGAACAUGGAGGACUUGCUUAAGAAGAUGCCACUUGUAACGGACGAUGGCUUGGUUCUUGGAUCAAAAACAGCGACUGCGUAUUUAGUUGAUGGUUUAUCCGGGAGGCUGAUCCACGUUUACAAAUCCUCCACACACUCUUCAGGAGAUAACAGCAAGAACACUAACGCUAUGGUGAAGCCAACCAGCACUGACAACUUCGUGAAGCUGCCGCUUCUCAUCACACGAACAGACUCCAAGCUGGAGCAUUUCGACAAGACGACUCGGAAGCUUGCUUGGAACGUGACGGUUUCUAGCUUCAGAGCUGAUUUACUCUGUGACCUAGCUUUCAAUUCAGGCAACGAGCUCGGUCCCGAGAUCGCCACUGGGAUCUACAUGCCGUUGCAAUGCGGGUCACAAACUGAAGUCCACUCCCGCGUUAAGUCAGAGCUGUUUAUUAAGGUGCCUCGUGAUCUCGACAGUGGUGAUGAAGCGAAGAUGCUACCAGAAGGCGAUAACCGCCUCUCUCUGCCCUCUUCAAGAACCAGAGAAUCCAGGAAGCUACAGGAACAAGUUGGGAGAAACUAUUCUAGAUGGUCUCCAGUAAAACUAUUUGUGCCCUUGUUUCUUCUUGGUGCCAUCGUUGCUGUUUUCGUUAAAAGGUCUUCACCGAGAGCGAAAACCGAACCUUCCAAGAAGAAAAGGAACCGUAAGUCGGGGAAAGACGGUGUUACAAAUGAGCAAAUGUUGUUACUAGGCUUCAAUAACGUUCCGAAUGGUGCAACUGAUGGGAGAAAGAUCGGCAAGUUGUUUGUGUCGAAUACCGAAAUCGCAAAAGGAAGUAACGGUACUGUUGUUUUCGAGGGGUUUUAUGAAGGCAGGCCAGUAGCUGUGAAACGACUUGUUCGUUCUCAUCAUGAGGUUGCUUUCAAGGAGAUUCAAAACCUCAUUGCGUCUGACCAGCACGCGAACAUCAUUCGGUGGUACGGCGUGGAAUACGACCGUGAUUUUGUUUACCUUUCUUUGGAGCGUUGCGUAUGCACUUUAGAUGGUUUGCUUAAGACGUAUUUAGUGUUGGAGACACAGAUGGAUUCUUUGAAAGGAGUUAUCAACGCAAACGACUUGUGUAAAGUUGGAGGCUAUCCGUCACCUAUCAUGCUAAAACUAAUGAGGGAUAUAGUAUCCGGUCUUGCCCAUUUGCAUCAACUUGGAAUCGUCCAUCGGGACUUGAAACCGCAAAACGUGUUGAUACAAAAUGUGUUUACUUUGAGUGCAAAGCUUUCUGAUAUGGGCAUUAGCAAGCGUCUGUCGGGGGAUAUGUCAUCUUUCGGUCACCUUGCCACAGGUUGUGGUAGUUCGGGAUGGCAAGCACCAGAGCAGCUUCUUCAAGGUCGUCAAACUCGUGGAGUGGACAUGUUUAGUUUAGGUUGUGUCCUUUUCUACACCAUAACUGGUUGUGACCAUCCAUUCGGAGAUGAUCUUGAACGUGAUGUCAACAUUGUGAACAACAAUGUCGACCUCUCUCUAGUAGAGCAUCUACCUGAAGUCUCAGACCUCAUCUCCCGCUUGUUGAAUCCAAAUCCUGAUUUACGUCCUAGUGCAAGUGAAGUGCUUCUCCAUCCAAUGUUUUGGAACUCGGAGACGAGACUUUCUUUCCUGCGUGAUGCUAGCGACCGAGUCGAGCUUGAAAACAGAGAGGCUGAUUCUGAGAUCUUGAAAGCAAUGGAGAGUACAGCUCCAGUGGCUAUAGGAGGGAAAUGGGAUGAGAAGUUAGAAUCUGAUUUCAUCACCAACAUUGGACGAUACAGGCGUUACAAAUACGACAGCAUUCGAGAUUUGCUACGUGUUAUCAGGAACAAACUGAAUCACUACCGAGAACUUCCUCCAGAAAUCCAGGAACUUGUCGGAACGGUUCCAGAAGGAUUUGACGAGUACUUUGCUGUUCGGUUCCCGAAAUUGUUAAUUGAAGUCUAUAGAGUCAUCUCUCUGCACUGCAAGGAAGAAGAAGUGUUCCGAAAGUACUUCAAAAGCAACAUCAUCUAG